AAUGGCGGUUCCCGAAUUGCGUGCAGCUGGCCUAAUCGUUUUCCGACGGAGGAAUUUUAAAGGCCCUUUUGAGUAUCUCCUUCUACAGACAUCUUAUGGACGACAUCACUGGACACCUCCGAAGGGUCACGUCGACCCAGGAGAAUCGGACAUGCAGACGGCUCUACGUGAAACCGAGGAAGAAUCAGGGUUGAAGGAAGCUAGUUUAAACGUGAUGGAAAACAUACAAAAAACUCUGAAUUACGAGGUUCGGGGGAAACCCAAGACUGUCAUUUACUGGCCUGCUGAAGUGAAAGAUUAUGAUGUUGGAAUAAAGCUUUCUGACGAACAUCAGGAUUUUAAAUGGUUGGCCAUUGAAAAAGCGUGCGAAUUGUUGCAUGAUACGACUGGGGAAGCUCUGCGUGUUGUGGACCAAGAAAUACGAAAUAUGACGGACUUUUACAUUGAUACCUACUGAAAAUGCAUAGCUUCUUUACUGCUUAAUUACAGCUCCUCUAAAAAUUAUGUGCGUAAUUCCACAAUUUCACUUCUCAAUCACUCAAAAUGGAAUUGUUUCCAAAGAGGGUAAACAAUGUUAUCAACUGAAUUGGUUCGAAAAUGCAGGGAAGCUUCAUUUGAAGAUACAUUGCCAAAAUAUCCUUAAGUCAAGACUGAAAUUAAUUUCUUUUGAGGUACAAUAAUUUAUUUUUAAGACUUCUCUAUUCACAACUAAACAUCAAGAUAAACACUUAAAAUGCAUUUCUUUACUCUGAAACUGAAAAUGUUCACAGGAUGUUACUUUGUUUUAAGGAAAAGGCCAAUUAGGGCCUUAGUCAAUAAGUCUGUUAUUUUGAGGUUUGCUCAGUUGUCCUAUGCUUAACUUUGAUUGGUCAGUAGGUAGACUAUUGACCAGUGAAAGUGUUCACAGUUUUUUGAGUUUCAAAGUAACUAAAAUUGUAAUAAAACAUUACAGUAUCACUCUAUGUCAUUUUCAAACAGCAAUUUUUCUCCAAUCCUGCUCUUAUUGCUUUCAAUCCUGCAGUCAUUCAGUAAGGCAAGUUGACACCUUCUCUCUUAGGUCUUCAAUAGAAGCAACCUUCCUCUUAAGAAUUUCAUUCAGCUGGGUUGCAUAGUCUUUAAAAUUCUACAUUAAAAGGGAAAAUAUUUUUUAAAGAUUGCAGUUCCUCAUUUUGGUGAAGUACAAUAAUUGUUAACUCCUACUGUUUGUCCCAUUAGUUAUCAAGUUGUAUAUUGAUUGCAGAGCUGCUAAUCUCUCCAAGUUGAAAACCUUGACAGGUUAUGCAUCCCCUUAAAAUACACAAUGCUCCCCCGUAAAAAGAGGUGAUUCACAAAGGACUGAAAUAGUCAUCAGGGAUGAUGCCCAUACCCACAAUUAGCUGAUUGCCAAGGGAACAUUGGUUGACAACCAAACAAUAACAAUGGAACAUAAUGCUGCAUGAGGUGACAUGUAACCAGCCAACCUUAUUUCCCGACAAAUAUUGGCAAAUGUGGUUGUCACAUCAUGAUUUAAAUCCGUACAUCUGAGGUGAAUACAACACGAGACAGACUUGCCACAGCAUUUCAAAUGUAUGCGGAAGCAAACUGAGUAUGAAA